GAUGUGGGGGGCGGGGACAGGGGCCACCCCCGCCCACUGCGUGCCAACCUGAGCCCCGCCCGGGCUCUCGGCUCCAGCCUAACCCAGCCUGCCGAGAUCCCGCGCGGCGGUGGCGCCUGAGCUCCCUGCCGGUUGCGCUGGGCGCCGCGGCCGCCCGGUGUGCGCCAGCUCGGACCCGGGCCAGUCCGCAGCCCGAAACGUGGCCGAUGCUCCCAGAGGGCGCCCAGCCCGUCCCGCUCCUCCGCUGCCGUCUCCUCUCCUCCUGCCUCGCUCGCCCGUCUCGGUUUCCAGAACCCGACAGCUUCGGAAGAGGCGCGUUCCGUCCAUCACCUCCUUGAUUCUCGCCGCCUCCUCUUAGAUUUCAGCUUCCCACCUGGGAAGGAAGACUUGAGCAACCACCCAGGAUGGCUGGCAGCCUCCCAGCCCACCCACCAUGGACCUUCCACCUUUAUGUCAUAGAGCCUGAAGCCACAGUGAUGUCCUUGAGCAGUUAGACGACAGAACAGGCAUUGGGGCUGGCAUGUGCUAAGUUUGAUAAGGUGGUGGAUAAAAGACUUUAAAGCCUAAAAAUAUAUUGCCUUAUGGUGAAGAUAUACAGAGGAUGUGGAAUGGAAACAUGAAUUCAAGGAGAAGAAGGAAAAAAUGUAAAAUUUCCAAAUGUUGAAGAAGAGCUUGUUCAUGGAUUUAAACAACUGAUGAUAGUGGGUAAGAAAGUGUUUCAAUAUUUAGAUUCCAUUGGAUAUUUUAGAAGGCUGAUGUAACAGUUUUUAUUUAAAAUAUUAGUAUUUACAAUAAAUGGAAAUUAUAUCCCUUGCAGCCAUUUAAAUGUUUAGUGAAAUUUUUAGAUGUCAUCUUAAAAGUGUGCAAGAGGGUACACACCGUUUUUAAAAGCUUCUUUUAGGAGCUAUAUAAGUGUAUCAGUCAGGAUCAUCUAGGCUAUGCUAUAAUAACAAUCCCAAUGACUUAGUGGCUUGUAACAAAGGUUUCUCACUCACACUUGACAUCCAUUAUGGGUUGGUGGGUGGUUCUGAGUUGUGAGGGGAAGUGACACAUGUUUGGUCUUGCUGCUGCCAGAAUAGUCACAUGGCCUACUCAGCACAGAGGGCAGGAAGUGUGCUCCUGGAAGGCAGAGGGCUGGGAAUACUUAGUGAACAGUCUCAGUUUAGAAAACGGUGGGCCAGAUCAUAGAGGUUCUUCCAUGGUGCACAGAGAUUCCACUAAGACUCCUGGGCAGAAGGGCCUAUAACCAGGGAGGUCCAGGAUGUCCUUUCCUCCCGCCCCCACAGAAUGAGGGACGAAGAGGGGCAGAGAGAGGCAAGGGACUUAAGAGGCAUAUGUUUUGUUUAAUUCAUUUUCAGGGUGAAACCACAAUAGGGGAGCCUGAUAGUCAGCAAAGUGGGUCAGCAAAGGUCUGGGGUGAGGACAGAAGGGCUGCAAGGCGCAUGGCCUUCACUGUCACAGGCAAAUGACUGGACACAGAGACUUCAGUAGUGGCCCAAAGAUCAGAUGGGACCAGUCACCCUAUAGUGGUCACUUGUUCACGGCCAGACCAAACCAGAUUGACUCUUUACUGCAGGAGUCAGCAUGGAUCCGGGGACCUCCAGUGGAUCCCUGGCCCUUCUCCCACAUUCAUGUGUACCCAGGUACCAUUUUGGAGAGGUGCACAAGGAUGGGAUACAGUAUCGUUUCCAUCCAAGUGACAGAAAAUUCAUUUGAAACAGACUGUUGUUCAAAAGAGACUGUUAAACAAUUCCUGAUUCAAAGUUGCACUUGGAAAACAAACAAACGAACAAACAAAAAAACCCAAAGUUGUACUUGGAAAGGAACUUGGAAGAGAAGGUUUGGACCAGAGGAGAUUGAGAUGCCAAACUAUAGUCUUGGCACCCCAACCCCCAUGACUUGUGUAGAAGAUGUACUUGACCACAUUCUCUGCAUGUCUAAGCAGUGGUGUGAGCAGAUCUCAACCAUCCUCACGUGUAUCACCCCAGCACUCCUUGAGGUGGGUGCUGGUGUCCUGUCUCGUUUAGAGAUGAUGAAAGAGCCUUCUGAGGUUAAAUUGGUUUCCCAAGGACAUGGAGUUAUGAUAUGGGACUCUCCAGCUGCCCAGCCUGAGUGUUUCCACUUUACUGGGCUCCCUCUUGAGACUCCAGUCUCUCUAGCUUGGUCUCUCCAAGAUUGCUGUGGCAGCAAGAGUCAGAAAGGCAAGCUUUCCUCCAAGUCAUGGAUAAGCACGGCUUACACGCACACAGUGUUCAUAGUGAAUAUCAGAAGCUUAGAGAGAAGUCACCUUUGGGCAAAGCUAUUGUUUUGUGCAGGUCUCUGCUUUCUAUCCUUAAUGUGGCUGGACCAGCCCUUGUGGUUCUUAUUAUGAGUGCAAGACGCCCUCAGCCAUAACCAUCAAGAAACUAUGAAACAAGUAAACCAAGUUUAUUACUUACAAGUUCUGGAGGGUACACAGCAUGCCUGAGGCCACAGAAGGUCGUUGGGGGAGAGAGAGAGAAAGAGAGAGAGAAUGGGCUUGUUCUGCUUUUAUUGGGGUUGAAGGUGGGGGCCUAGUAGUGACUGUAAAACGUAAGAGCAGGAAUUAAAACUCAGGGAGAGAAAAGCAAGUGGCCAAACCAAAGAUCUUUAAAACAGAGGAACUUAAUGGGGUCAGCCUAGAUCUUUAUCUAAUUGUGUGGCUGGCAAUAUGUUUGUUCACAUGGCAGUCUUUGGAGUGGAUGCAAUCAAGAGCUUAAGUCAGGCACUUGCAUUACAACUUAAAAAGAACCCAGCUGGGGGCCCCGCCCCCUCCAGCCGGGGGUGCUCUAGAUGCUGUGCGGAGACCUUCUGCACCCCUGCGAACAUGGCGCUGCGAGGGGCGCGGAGCGUGUGGACCGCGGUCUGCGGUCUGCAGCCCGCGCGCCAUCUCUGUGCCCAACGCGCCCUGCCCGCCGCGGCCCUGGGGACUGCGGGCGGGCGCCGUCCGGGCGCUGCGCACCGGUCCCGUUCUGCUGUCGGGUCGUAAAUUCACAGACAAACAUGAAUGGGUAACAACAGAAAACGGUGUUGGAACAGUGGGAAUCAGCAGUUUUGCACAGGAAGCUUUGGGAGAUGUCGUUUACUGUAGUCUGCCUGAAGUUGGGACAAAAUUGAACAAACAAGAGGAAUUUGGUGCUUUGGAAAGUGUGAAAGCUGCUAGUGAACUCUAGUCUCCUCUAUCAGGAGAAGUAACUGAAAUUAAUGAAGCUCUAGCAGAAAAUCCAGGACUUGUCAACAAAUCUUGUUAUGAAGAUGGUUGGCUGAUGAAGAUGACACUCAGUAACCCUUCAGAACUAGAUGAACUAAUGAGUGAAAAAGCAUGUGAGAAAUACAUAAAAUCUAUUGAGGAGUGAAAAUGGAACCCCUAAAUAAACUAGUUUGAAACAAAAAAAUAAAAUAAAAUAAAAAUAAAAAGAACCCAACUAUCAGACACUUAAACUUACGGUUAUGAAGAAGAUGGAUGUGUUUCUAGUUGAGGGCCUCUGGGUGUAAAUUGGAAUACUUCACAAUGUUCUGGCACUAUCUGCUCAGGCGUAAGACGUAUGGAAUGGUCGGGGAUAGUCCUGCUCUUUGGUGUUCUGAGAACCAGCCCACACAGGACAGAAAGCAGCAAACCAUAAACAGGUUUCAUCAAA